AUGACAAAAUUAAAUACAAGCGACGUUGUUGCGAUCCUGAACCAAGAAGUCUUGAAUCGAACCGCCAAAAGAACCGAACCUAGAAGUGUCGAAGAUGAUGAUGUAACAAUAUGUCCAGAAAAAGAACCUGAAUACGUUGAAGAUGAUGUCACAAAUGUCUUAAUACUUGAGAUUUUCAUCAUGCAAUCAUUGGCCGCUUUUAUGUUGACACUUCUUAGACGAUACGAGAAAAGCAAUUCUGAGAUGUGGAUGAGUAUUGGAUUGCUUAUGAUUAGAGCAGGAUUUCAUUUAGGAUAUAGUUAUCUGAUGAUUCCUCCACACAAACUUUCUGAAAAUCCCACUUCUCUUUAUGAUGGAAUGAAAAGCGAAAGCGGUUUUUAUUUCAGUAAUUUGACCUUGAUUGAUAUCAUUAUCGAUGGUUACGUCAUGUAUCGAUUGAUGCAGAUUUUAAAAAAUAACCCAAAGAUUGGAUAUUCUUAUCCAAAAGAUAUGUUUACCCUUGUCAUGUAUUGGAAUUUGUUGACCGUCGUGACCGCUUUCUUAUAUCAUCU